AUGAGUUCUACAACAGAAACCGUCACAGAGCUUUAUAGCCCCAGUCCAUUGAAGAUCGCACCCAACGUGGACGUAUUACUCCAUCAAGUUGAUCAGCUCCAGAACUCGGUGAACUCGGACGUUGUCGAGAGGUUGUUGGAGGAAAAUGCCUGGUUGGAGCACAGCAUCGACCGCGGGAAAGAAAAGUGGCAGUCGACUACUAAGCUACUGCGGGAAGCAUUCGAAGCAUAUGUCGUGUUGAAUGCUUGUAUUGAACAGCUCGAGCAAGAGACUAGAGAAUUGGACGAAAAGUGGGCUGGCGAUUUUCAAAAGCAGCUCUCAGAGAUAUCUCCUCCUGAACUGUCUUACCAGAAGGCAUCUCUAUACAGCCCUGUUGCCCAGGACCUUCAUGACGAUUGA